UGAAUAUCGAACAAAGACCAGAGCAUCUUUAAUCCCUGAGAAUACUAAGCAAAGUUGGUAUGAAACGGCUGCAAAGCAUUUUCCGUAUUUUGAUCAUUGUGCUGGAUACUGGCCUUUUGAAGAAGCAUUACGCCAACGUCGUACAGCCAAGAAGGAAGAUUCUGCAUGCUGUCAGGAAGAAAAAGCAAAAAUGAAAGGCCAAGUGAUUCAAAAAAAGAUACAAUAUUCCGAAAAUCUUCCAGAUGAAGACAACCAUUAG